CACGGUCAGCAGUUAUACAGACACAUCUACUUAGGCUGUAAAGAAGAAGACAAUGUCCAAAAGAACUUUGAACUGCUGUUUACAUCUCUAGCUCUUAUCACAAUUGAACUAGCCAAUGAAGAAGUGGUUAUUGACCUCAUUCGAUUAGCUAUUGCUUUGCAGGAUAUUGCCAUCAUCAAUGAGGAUAAUCUGCCAAUGUUUAAUCGUUGUGGUGUCAUGGCAUUGGUUGCAGCGUAUCUAAACUUUCUGAGUCAGAUGAUUGCAGUUCCUGCGUUUUGUCAGCAUGUCAGCAAGGUUAUCGAAACUAGAAGUCUGGAAGCAUCUUAUUUUCUACCAGAAACAAUUUUCAAAGACCAAAGCAGUCUUCCAAAAUCCUUAGAGAAGCAUGAAAAAAAUUUAUUUUUCCUGACAAACAAGAUUGCAGAAUCAUUAGGAGGCAGUGGAUACAGUGUGGAAAGAUUGUCGGUUCCAUAUGUACCCCAGGUAACAGAUGAGGAUAGACUCUCCAGGAGGAAGAGCAUUGUGGACACGGUAUCUAUUCAGGUGGAUAUUCUGCCUGGCAACCACACAGAGGAUAAGGUUGAUACUACUGAAGAAAUCACAUUUGAAGCUUUGAAGAAAGCAAUUGAUAACAAUGGACUUGAAGAACAGGAAAAAGAAAAAAGGCGUCUUGUGAUUGAAAAGUUCCAGAAAGCACCAUUUGAAGAAAUCGCAGCACAAUGUGAAACCAAAGCAAACUUGCUUCAUGAUAGACUUGCACAGAUACUGGAACUCACCAUUCGUCCUCCACCUAGCCCCUCGGGAACGAUGACUAUUACUGCUGGACAUGCUCAUUACCAAUCUGUUCCGGUCUAUGAGAUGAAGUUUCCAGAUCUUUGUGUGUAUUAAGUGUCUUCUGAAGUCUGCUGGACAUUAUUUAGAGUAGAGUACAAUAGAAAGAACAAGAUGAGUUUUCAAAUUUUA